CGCUCCGCAGCCAGCAUGAGCCGCCGGGGCCGCCCCUGCUCCCGGAGCCUGGACCCGACCUCCGACGCCGCGUUGGGCGCCGAGUCGCCUGCGCCCGAGGAAAUCUAUGAUCAUCUCUUGGAAGCCCCAGUCACUCGGGAACAAUUAAACCACUACCGGAAUGUGGCUGAAAAUGUUGGAAGUGAACUUGCAGCAACUUUGGUCAAAUUCGAAUGUGCUCGGUCUGAGCUUCAAGACCUCCGUUCCAAGAUGCUUUCUAAAGAAGUUUGCUGUCAAGAGCUGAAGGCUGAAAUGGAGAGCUGCAAAGAAAACAUUGCCAGGAAAUCGUCUCUUCUCUCCUCACUGAGAGACAGAGUUCAGGAACUCAAAGAGGAAGCAGCAGCUCUUGCCACUUCAAAAAUCAGAACAGAAGUCACGGCGCGCUCAGCAAUCAAGGAGAACCAAGAAUUAAUGAGGAAAAUUGCAGAGCUGGAGGAGAAAUUACAAAAGUGUGCAGAGGAAAGCGAGGAGAGGAAGAAGCAAGUCUCGGAGAACUGCAGGAAGCACUCGGAACUUCUAACUCAGCUUUGGGAUUGCCUGGACCCAGACGGGAAGGACCAGGAGGCGUCAGAGGCAGAGCUCAUUCUAAAGCUUCAAGAGCUGUGCAGGGAAAACGCACUCAUGAAAGGACGAAUUGCUAGUCUUGAAGAGACUAUAAAUGUCCAUGAGAUGGAGGCAAAAGCUAACAGAGAAACGAUCAUGAGGCUGGCAUCCGAAGUCAACAGAGAGCACAGCAAAGCUUCCUCCUGGGCUGAAGAGAAGGACAAGCUGAACCAGGAUUUUCUCCGUGCUGUAGAGGCAAGGGACGCUCUUGCAAGGGAAGUUAAGGUCUUCCAGGAGAGGCUGCUUGCUGACCGGCGGGCUUGGGACGCCUCGAAGCAGGAGCUGAGCCUCCUGCGGAAAAGCUCUGCAGAGACCGAGCAGCGCUUGAAGGCCAGUCGGGAUGCAGUCGCGGCCUCCCAAAGCCAGAGCUCUGCGUUUAGGGAGAAAAUCGCAGCCCUGCUGAGGGGCAGGCUGGGCGCACCUGGGCCCUCGGAGGACGCCGUGUUGGAGAAGAUUCGAGAAAUGGGCAGCCAGGAAGAGAGCAGGAAAAGGAUGGUUUCCCAGCUUGAAUCCCAAGUAGCUGAGCUUGCUCAACAGUUGGGAAAUGAGUCUGAGUCUCACCAGAAAACUCUACAGAGGGCCCAGAAGGCAGAAAACAAGUUGGAGGCCCUGCAGGGCCAGCUGACAGACCUGGAGGGAGAGCUGGUUUCUGGAGAAGUUUUACGAGACAACUUGAAUUUUGAGAAGCAAAAAUAUCUUAAAUUUCUGGAUCAGCUUUCAGAAAAAAUGAAGCUGGACCAGAUGGCAGCUGAACUUGGCUUUGACAUGCGUCUGGAUAUAGUUUUAGCUCGCACGGAACAGCUAGUCCGCCUCGAGAGCAACGCAGUCAUCGAAAAUAAGACUAUCGCCCACAACUUACAGAGGAAGCUAAAGACUCAGAAAGAAAGGCUGGAGAGCAAGGAGUUGCACAUGAGUCUCCUCCGUCAGAAAAUCGCCCAGCUGGAGGAGGAGAAGCGGCUGCGCACAGCCUUGGCUGUGGAGAGGGACGAGGCCUGUCUCACCAUCAGAAGGCUGGAGAAGAAGGUGGAGAGGAUGCAGAAGGAGCUGAGUGCCUUUCGCCAAUCCAACAUGGAGCUCAAAGCCAAACUGGCGGACACCAAUGAGCUUAAGAUUAAAACUUUGGAACAGACCAAAGCCAUUGAAGACCUAAACAGAUCCAGAGACAAGCUGGAGAAGAUGAAGGAGAAAGCUGAGAAAAAGCUGAUGUCUGCCAAGUCUGAGCUGGGGACAGUGGAGCACGAGGCUAAGGAGGAGAAGGAGAGGGCGAGAAGCGUGAUAGAAGUGGUGGCCAGCGAAAUGAAGACGCUAAAAAAGUCUCUGGAAGAUGCAGAGAAGAGAGAAAAACAACUGGUGGACUUCAAGGAAGUGGUCUCCCGGAUGCUGGGCUUGAACGUGAGCACUCUAGCUCUUCCUGACUAUGAGAUCAUCAAAUGUCUCGAAAGAAUCAUCCAUUCACAUCAGCACCAUUUUUUGACCUGUAGCUGCCUCAAAGACAUGACUACUGUGCAGGAUAGAUGCCCCCAAGGCCACCAGAAGCUUCUUCACUGAGCCCUGUUAUUUCUAGAGGAGGGUGGAGCUAAGAGGUGGACUCAAGCCUCAAUUUCACAAGGGCUGCGUAUCUUUGGAAUCUGGUCAGCAUGUGAAUAUUAUACACAUCAAUGACAGAGCGAGAAUGUGUAAUGGGGAGAAAGAUCUCCAAGGUGCAUGCUGGGUAGAUGUUUAGCAUGAAAAACACCUAUUAUUUAAUUUAGAGACUGACACAUCUGCUAGAUUGGGGAAUGGAAUAGUGAAUUAGCAUUGUUGGUUUCCAAGUGCUAGCAAAUGUUGAGUUGGUGUUUUGUGGGCCACUUUAAUUCUCAUAGGGACCAU